UGCCAAUAAACGGGCAGAGGCAUCUGCUCCUGGCCAAAAAGGCGCAGCGAAAUUCGUUGUUUGUGAUAAAAUAAAAUACAACAACAACAACAACUAAUAACAAGACAACAACAAUAAUGCAUAGUUCCUGCUGAGUAGCUUUUUGUUAUUGUGUGCGUGCGCGCGUUUGUGUCUGUGUGUGUCUGUGUGUGUGCAGGCAUGUCGCGGCUGCUGCACAGCGCCGCAGCUGACAAACCAACAGCCAAACACUGCCAACUCGCAAAAAUAUAACAACAACAACAACAACAACAACAACAACAACAGCAACAAUAACUUCCACUACAGCUCCUAGCUCCUGCCCAGAGCCGCCCCCUGUAGCUAGUAAAAAUUGCAUAGUUAAAACAACAACAAUAAAAACAAAAAAAAAAAGAAGAAAACUAAAGAAAAUUGAUAAAUAUAGAAAAAUAACAGAAACAUACGCACAAAAUCCAACGCCAUGGAACGCAUGUGGCGCAAAGUGAAUCACAGCCUGCGCAACAGCAAAUCCCAAUCCCAGUCGCAGUCGCAGUCGCAGUCGCAGCCGAGCCAAGCAGCUGGCGUCGCUGCCGGCGCCGCUGCUGCCGGCGCCGCAACGCCGCAGUCAAGCGACACCAUCAGCUCGGCGGGCGGCUUUGGGGAUGCGCAGCUUGUGGUCGCCGUACAGGGUCUGCCCUGCGUCAGCGUCAGCGCCAGCGGCAGCGCAGCCGGCGGCAGCAAUGCGACCGGGCGACGUUUGGCCAGCAGCGGUCAGCCGCCGUCCAAUUGCCACAAAUCGCUUAGCCAACAUGUGCUGCAGACGCGCACCGCCUCCUCGGAGCGUCGGCGGCGGCGUCGCCGCAAGAGCCGGCCGCGACGCAGCGGCGGCAUGGCCAGUGUGACCAGCUGUGUGGGCGAUGCCGGUGGCGAUAACAUGUCUUCCUCUGGUGGCUUCUACACGCUGAAGGAGCACCAUCAGCACUAUCGACACGGCCAUGGGCAUCAUGGCAGCGGCACCGUGUCCGCUUCGCAUCGACUCUUCGCCAGCUCGGCGCCCAGCGGCACCGUCAUGAUGUAUCCGAAUGCACAGCGUGCCCCGGUGCUGGCAGCGGGCGGCAAUCCAGCAGCUGCAGCAGCAGCAGCAGCAACAGCGGGAGCAGGUGCCGGAGCAGGUGCGGGUGCUGCACAGGCGGCGCCGGACAUCUCAUUGAGGCAGCGGGCGGUGGCCAAGCUGCGCAUGUUCAACUUUCACCUCAACUGGGAUUUGCACAUGACGCACUGCAAGCCCUGCGGGCCCCGUUUGAGCGGAAGCGGAAACAUAAUCACACGUCGCCUGUGCCGCAAUCGUAGACGCGAGGACAAUGAGCUCUAUCGUUCGAAUAGCUUCAAGUUUGAGCGUUUCGAGCGCAAGGAGUGCCUCGAGGAGCUCUCCAGCACAUUGCAGAAGCAGAUUGCCAUCUGUGAUGAUUACAGCCUGCCUGUAGACUUUGUUAAGAAACGACCGUCCAGUUUCGAUCCCUGCCUGGCCGAGGCAAUACCAACGAAUCCGGAGCAUUGGAUAGCGCCAAGUCCACAAACUGAAUUUCUGCCAUUUAACGAAGCCCAACAAGCGUCGCAGCAGCAGCAGCAACAGCAGCAGCAGCAAUCGACAGCAGCAGCAGCAGCAGCAGUGCCGCCGCCGCCUGCCCCUUUGGCGACAUUGCCCAGUCAAGCGGCGACUGCAGCGGCAGCAGCAGCAGCGGCAGCAGCAGCGGCACAACAGCAACAACAACAACAGCAGCAGCAACAGCUCAACAACAGCAACCAGCUACAGCAACAGCAGCAACAACAGCAGCAGCAGCAGUUGCACGCGCACAACAACAACACUUUGCCAGCCGCACCGCAGCAGCAGACGCAACAGCAGCAGCGCGCGACAUUGCAACAUCCGCCGCUGCCCAACAGCAACAUCAAGCAGGCGUCCGUCAAGCUCAUCGAGGGCUAUUCCGAUCCGAAGGAUACACGCCACCACACCCAGCACAAGAAGGUCUACCACAAGAAGGCCAAACGCCGUUCGGCGCCGCCGCACAAGCAGCGACAGCAGCAACAGCAACAGCAGCAGCAUCUGCAAACGUUGCCAACGCCGCGCGGACAUCAGCAGCAAUUGCUGCAGCAGCAGCAGCAACAGCAACAGCAUUUGCUGCAACGCCAUUCCACAUACAAUAACAAUAACGGUAAUCACAAGAAGGACAAGCGCAGCAGCCAUUAUAAUUCAGACUCCUCGGCGCCCAAAUCCUCUGACGAGGAGGCGGACAUAGACGAGGAAGUAGAGCGUGCCGCGCCACAACUUCCGGCAGCAGCAGCAGCAGCAGCAGGUCAGGCAGGAGCUCUACUCAAUUCGCCGGAUAGCAUAUCGGAUGAUCUGGUGCGACCGCUGCCGGCGCAGCUGCAGCGCAGUCCACGCAAAUUGACCGUUGCGCAGACGGAGUACAGCAAACGUCAGCCGUCGCCCUACUACUACUCGGAUCUGCUGAAGAGCCGGGACAAGCCGCCGGAGGCCAAGGACAGGGAGCCGGACAGCAGGCAGACGCUCGACCGCGAGGCGAAGCAAAAGUGCCGCCAGUCGACGGCCAGUGAGCCGCCGCAGCAGACACAGGCCCAGCUGCUGGGUGGGUAUCGCAAGAGCAGCAGCUUGGAUGCGCCGCAGCAGGAGCAGAACAACGAAGACAACGAGGAACAGCAGCAGCAACCGGAGCACGAGCACGAGCACGAGCAGGAGGAGAACGAGAACGAAGCCAACGAGCUUGAGGAGAUCGGUUUAAACGAACAGUCGACACCGAAACGGUAUAGCUUCACGGAGGAGGGCGUGCGGAUCAUACGCUGCGAGACGCCGAGCACAAGCACCUCGGAGGAGUCCGACUGCAGCGAGUGCCUCAAGCGACGCGAGUGGCACGCCCGGGCCUUGGCGCUGGUCCGCAAGACGUGCAACGUCCAGCCGCGUAGCCAACAGUUGCCCAUCGGCAGCGGCGAGGGGGAGCUGCAGCUGCAGCUGCAGCACUGCGACGCCGGCGAGGGGGAGCUAUUGAAGAGCUGCCCAACGGACUUGGCCUGCGAACCGAGUUGCGGGUCGAUGCCGCCGCACCGCCUGCUGGGCCCAGCAGCCGUGUGCGGAGCCUGCAUACCGACGCCCGGCAACAAUAGUCAAGGCCACAUUGGCCUCGCCGCCGAUGAGCUUGACGAGCUCGAAGAAUACUUUCGGCCACGCAGCAUCUUCUAUGUGCAUCCGCAUGGCGUGCACGAGUGCAUCGAAUGUGCGCCCGCCAAUCACAACAAAGCGAACACAGAUCCAGCCACCAAUUGCAGCGACUCAGCUGCGCUAGACGAGCAGCAGCAGGAGGAAAGGGAAGGGGAGCAGCAGGAGCAGGAUCAGGAUCAGGAUCAGGAGGAGGAGGAGGAGGAGGAGGAGGGGGAGGGGGAGUACGACUCUGACAACAUGGCCAGUCGACGGCGACAAAUCUACGAGACGGCCUUCGAUUGCAAAAUAGCCAAAUCGGAUGAUGACCUGGACGAAGUGGAUCGCAUCACCAACCACUCGGUGCUGCUGCAGCUGAACGGCAACGGGAACGGGAACGAGUUGACGCCGCCGUUGUCUAAGCCAAGUCUCAGCAAAUCGCGACUCGAAUGCAAACGCGCCAAGAAUAGCAAGAAUCAAGCGCUGCAGGAGCAGCAGCAGCCAAAGCAGCAGCAGCAGCAGCAGCAGCAACAGCAACAGUUGCAGCAGCAGCAGGAUUCGCCCGAGGAUGGGCACUGUCAGGUGGUGCUGCAGGUACAGGCGGAGCUCAGCCAGCUGCAGCUCAGCUCGGAUCAGCAGAACCAGAAUCAACAACAGCAGCAGCAGCAGCAGCAGCAGCAGCAGCAGCAGCAACAGUUGCAGUUGCAAUCGACAGCAAUUGCCGCUUCCUCGCAACAGUUGCCCGCUCGCGGAUACACGCCCUCGCCGCCGUCCACCGCGCCGCUGCCCAUCAAGUUUCCCGGCAAGCACGAGCGCUACAUGAACAGCAUUAGGAGCGCGCCCAAUUUACCGGCAGCGCAGCCGGCGCAUCCGCGACUGCGGGAUCUGCGCCUGCCGCUCCAGUCGGCACUGCGCCAGCAGCAACAGUUGCAGCUGUGCGCCAGCAGCAACGACAACAGUCUCACCUCAGACAGCGCCUACGUGAAUCCGCCCUCAACCAACUCGAAUUCCAAUUCGGCUGCGGCUUCCGUUUCCGCCUCAGCCUCAGUUUCGGUCUCAGCCUCGGUCUCAGCAUCCGCCUCGGCGUCCGUUUCCGCGGCGGCGGUGGCGGCGCGUCGUCCACGCAGCUUUGUCCUGGAAUCGGGUCGAGUCCUCGAGCUACGACGCAGCGCCCAGACCCAUCAGCAGCGCCAUCAGCAUCAGCAUCAUCAUCAACAGCAGCAGCAGCAACAGCAACACGGACAGCCGCAGCCGCCGUCCAGGCGCGGCGCCGGCCACAAUUACAGCUCGACGGAGAGCAUCGCCACCUCGUCCAGCGGCGGCAGCAUGGAGUCGCUGCGCAGCAGCACCAGCGAGGGCAAUCGCAGCACCUCCAGCUCCGAGUCGCGCCACUCGAGUUCGCUCAGUUCGCACAGCUCGGAGAGCGGCAGCGGCAGCGGCAGCGCCAGCGCCAGCGCCAGCUCGAGUGUCGCCUAUCCGCUGCGGCCGCCUCUGCUGCUGCACUCGAAGCUGCACAUACUCAGCCCCAUAUCGGACAAGUCCUCGCAAGAGCCGGCCUCGGCCAGCGGCGCCUCCGAGCAGUCACAGCAGCAGCAGCAGCAGCAGCAGCAAGAGGAGUCCGGCAAGACAGCAGAUGCGUCAGCUUCUGGCCCUGCUCCUGCGCCUGUCCAGCUGCUGGCAAAGCAGCGCAGUCAACGCGCCGCAGCGCCGCCGAAUAAGGCGCUGCUGCAUUUGGCCGACGAGCUGCUCGGCUCCGACAGCGGCAUCUCGCUGCACUCGCGCGAGGACGGCAAGCCAGCGACGCUGGCGCUGACGCAGCGACUGACGCUGCCCAAGCUGCAGCUGGGCAAUGGCAGCGCCGCGGACACCUCUUCGUCGGCGGCAGCGGGCGCAGUCACAGGCGCCUCCGCUGCAGGCGCUGCAGCAGCUGCCGCCGGCGGCGUCGGCGCUGCUGGCGCGUCCGCGUUGCCGCAGGAGCUGCGCGAUUUGCCCUUCGAUAUGCCCAAGCUGCGACGCCGCAAAACGCUGCAGCAGGAGGCCGCCUGCACCUCGGGCAGCGCCACCUCCGUUGACCUGGGCGACCUGCCCUUCGACAUGCCCAAGCUGCGACGACGCCUGCGCGCCAACCAAGCCGAAAUCAACAAUCUCCUCAUGCACAGCACCGAGUCCAGCGGCAUCUCGCAGGCAUCCUCCAGUCACUCCAUGCGCGACGACCAGAAGCUGGCCACAAAGCUGGACACGACGCUUUUCCGUCAGAAUCUCACUUUGAAUCUCAACGAGCCGCGUCAGGUGAACAAACAGUUUGGGAGUCUCGAUCUGCGCGGCUUGAGCAGCCACAAAGAGCUGAACAUGAAUCUGUGCCAGGGCUACGUAACGGCUGUCGAUCUCAUUGAUGUGACCAUCCCACUGGAGCGUCAGGGCUGGUACCACGGCGCCAUCACGCGCAUUGAGGCGGAGACAACGCUGCGUCCCCUGGCCGAGGGCUCAUUUCUGGUGCGCAACUGCGAGUCCACCAAGCAGGACUACUCCCUGUCACUCAAAGGCGCCAAGGGCUUUAUGCAUAUGCGUAUCCAACGCAACGAGGCCGGCCAAUACAUUCUGGGCCAGUUCAGUCGACCCUUCGAGACGGUGCCCGAUAUGAUCAGACACUUCUGCCUGAAUCGGUUGCCGGUGCGCGGAGCGGAGCACAUGUGUCUCAUAGAGCCGGUUAUAGCGCAGCUGCUGUAAAUGACAGCUGUUAAUGGGGUUAACAGAGCCAUUAACUGUUAACUGUUGGCUGUUAAAUGUUAACUGUUACAGCAGAGAAUUCCACAUACAUAUUGAUAGCCUAUAAAACGAAAAUGAAACCACAUUAUUUCUCCAAGUGGCAUACAGCUAUAUACUAUAUAUACUAGAUACUAUAUACUAUAUAUC